AUGUAUUUUGUUUUGCACAAAGACAUGGAGAAAGUGGUUGUAUUCAAAUUUCUAAUCUUUGCAAUAUUACUAAUGGCCGGACGUGUCGUCUCUUUGAAAUCGGAGUUAGCUACCGGGAAAGAAGCUCAACUCCAUCUUGCAUUCCAAAUUCUUGCCAUGAGACUGGAGAUCCUGACGUAUGCCCUCCUCCCACCUGCACAAUUGUUGAAGAUUGUAGGGAAUAUUGUGGGCCCCAUCGCCCUAAUUGUCUGCCAUGGUCUCAUGUAUGUUGUUGUUGGUAAACAAGGUUCCUUCCAACAACUAGACCAUGGUCUUCUAUUGCAAUUUGGAUAAUAAGUAAUAAUAUGGAAUGACAUACCAAAUAACUUUUUGAGUGAUACUUGAAUGGUGUUUGAUAAAACUUAAG